AUGGCUUUUGUGGCAGGCAUAGAGAAGAUGUUAUUUGGAGUCAAAGUAACGAAGAAUGAUCAGGAUUACCUCUGCUUCUUGUGGUGGCCAAAUGGAGGCCUGACUCUAGAACCUCAAAAGUACUGUAUGAUGGCAUACCUCUUCAGGGCUGGUUCAUCUCUGGGAUGUUCCAGCUUUGCUUUGAAAUGCACAACGGAAGAUGGUGAAGGAGAGUUUGUUGUGAGAGCUGUAGAGACACUAAGGAAGAACUUCUAUGUCGACAAUGCACUGAAAUCAGUUUCGACAGAAGAGGGUGCUGCAGAGCUCGUACAUGGUGUUAAGGGGAUGUGUGCACAGGGAGGAUUAAAACUGAAAAUAUCGUCAGCAACUGUCGAAAGGUGA